GGAGACACUUUUGUGCGUGUGUCUGUGCAGGAGUUCAGAGAAGUAAAUCACCAGCAAGUUGCAGCAGGUGAUGAAGGUUAAGGAAGUUUUCAGAAAACCACUUAAGACUGCAAAUGUCACUAAAGCCGCAAAGUCAUGUGGGCUGUAAAGUGAGGUAAAAGAUGAGAAGAAAUGUUUGAAUAAAAGGCCACUUGCUGUAAUUGUCCGCCUGGAGCCAGCAGUCUGCCACAAUUUAAGGACACACAUCUUUGGCCGCCCUCCCCCAACUCCCCACCCUCUGUCCUCCUGUCCGAACGUGCAGGAAGCAUCAGCAUGACAAAGCACUGGCCAGGGCACAGCCCGAUGGCACCGCCCGCUCGCAGCCACCUCGGAGACCACCACCUUGACUUGAGUUGUCCGCCCGGCCACGUAGCCCGGAGCUCCACCGUCCUGCCCUGGAGCCACCAGCACCAUCCGGCUCAGAUGGUCCCCCGGCACCCGCCACCGAGCUUCUCCAAGCCCGCAGCAUUCCCGCCGCAGGAGCACACCAGCGGUGCAUUCAUGGAUGAUCAUGUCGGAGCAUCAGAGCCGUCGUACGGGAACGCUCGCGAUGCCAACCCCAAACAAGAAGCUGACCCCCGGGAGACGUGGAGCGGCGAGCGCUCGAAGACCGGCGCAAGAGGCCCGAAGAAGAAGAACUAUCAGCGGUACCCCAAACCGCCGUACUCGUAUCUCGCGAUGAUUGCCAUGGUGAUCCAACGCUCUCCAGAGAAGAAGUUGACUUUAUCUGAGAUUCUGAAGGAGAUUAGCACCCUCUUUCCAUUCUUUAAGGGGAACUACAAAGGCUGGAGGGAUUCUGUGCGACACAAUCUUUCUUCGUAUGACUGUUUUGUUAAGGUGUUAAAAGAUCCCAACAAACCUCAGGGCAAAGGUAACUUCUGGGCUGUGGAACUGAGCUGCGUUCCUAUGGAACUCUUAAAGAGGCAGAACACGGCUGUGUCUCGCCAGGACGAGACCAUCUUUGCUCAGGAUCUGGCUCCUUACAUCCUGCAGGGCCACAAGCCGGAAUCCCAGCCAGCGCCCCCCACCGACCCAGUGACAACAUUCCCUCCCACGAACCUCUCCCCACCCCAAGAGGACUUGUUCCGACCCAAGCUAGACUCAUCCUUCGCUAUUGACUCUUUGCUCCACAGCCUUCGCCCCAACAGCGGCUCAGGGGAUGUGGACAUGUGCUGUUGGGGUGAGACGGCACAACCCCAGCUGUCGUCCCCUCCGCGUCCCCGCUAUGCCUCUUCUGCCCGCAGUGCUUCUGCCAGCUCGGCUAGCCCAGCCUCAACGUCCUCAUCUUCCUCUGAGGAAGACUGGAAGGGGGGGUCCCUACAUGGGAAGCGUAUCUUUCCUGAUGGUCAAGCCGUAUCAGACGGUUAUGAGGAAUAUAAACCCCCACUACAUAAGUCAGCGCGGCGGGAUGCUCAUGCACCACCUUGGGAGUUGCCCACCUCCUACGCCAAAUAUGCCCCACCCAAUGCAGUCGCCCCACCAAGCAUGCGGUUCAGCAGUGGGCCUCUCAUGCCCCUACAUGGAGGACUUCCUCUUUAUGGCUACGGGAGCUCUCAUGUGGCGCCGGGUCACUUUCUCAGCCAUAGUUACUGGCCCAUCCUUCCUACCGGACGGGUUCCUGUCCAACCCCCACCGCUCAUCAUGGACCUGGACAACAUGCUGCAGUCUGUGCCACCCAAUAAGAGUGUUUUCGACGCACUAAUGCCACCCAAUCAAAACUCACAUUACCAGCCACCCAGUCAGUACACCUUGCAGAAUGGGUCAUCCUUAAACCUGUACCCCCAGUACUGACUCCAGAGUUAGUGUCUUUUAUGAACUGUCACUUUAUUGCAUGCAAACGAUAAUGACAUUUCAGCCACUGAGGGCCAACUCUUAAACAUGGACUUGCAGCUCCUUAAAACUGUGCAAAAGGUGCAAAAGUAAACAACCUUUAACUGUACAACCAAACAUAUCUACCUCAAUCUUACACGGAAAAUUUGCAUUUUCUCACACAAAGCUUUCUCUUUGCACCUUACUUGCAUGUUUUUUUUUUUUAAAAAUUGGUAAGAUUAUCUUUAUUGGACAGCGGUAUGUUUUGUACAAACUUUUAUGGUUGAGUGGAAAGGAUAAGGCAGUAAAUGGUGCAUAAAAUGAAAACCAGUGGUGCUACAAACUCAUUUAAUACACAACUUUUCUCCUGUUUUAAUGGUGCAUCGAAGGCACAGAAGGCCAGAAUACAUUAGACAGAACUUUUACAUGCAAAGAUAAUUUAUGGAUUAUAGAAGUUGUAAUGUUCAUUUAAAUAUUGCUCAGGGUUUUUAUUUUUAUUUUUUUUUUUUUUUAAAGGAGAUGUCAGACCAGUACCUCAUAUUUGUGUUAUUGACAACGUGGAGUUUGCCCUGUGGGGUUUAUUUGCACUCUUUUGAAGUUGGGAUUGUCUACCAAAAGAAACUUUGUCUACCUGUAUCGACAGCUAAAUAUUUUUGUUUUUAAAAAUAGAUGGUCACCCUUCAGCCUCAAUUUUGUCUCUGGGGCUGAACUGUAUCAAGAAUGUCAUGGUGCUGAACAGGGUCUAUAAUAAAAUGCUGUUUUAGUCAGAUUGUCAUUUUAGUGUUAGAAAAGGUAAACCUUUUCCCUCCCCAUAUUAAUUAAAAAUCUGACAUUUGUUAAUGUAUUCUAUGAAUUAGAACUUUUUUGAGUAAAAGAUGAAAAAAUAUAUAUUAAUAGAUUGUUGUGAGAUUUCAUCCUCAAGGCUUUAAAGCUAUGGAAAAUUUGAAUGUUCUGGUUGCUUGCAAAAUUAUUUUGUCUUUUUACCAUGCAGAGUUUUUUUUUUUCUAUUAUUACCAUAGUUUGUUCUGAUUAAACUGAAAAUGUGUCUGCAUUUUACAGAACAGUCUUGUAAUUUUUACUUUGUCCAAAAUUAGGCAUGUUUGGUGUCAAUGAGACCACAGCUCUUUCGAGCUUUGAACUGAUAAACCAAAAGGAGAUAAUUGUGGGUAGGCUCAAAGGGGGGCACAUCUCCAGUCUUCAUCGUGCCACAGAUGGUGUUUCAGUACAGGAAUUGUGAUCCAUAAACAAGGAAACUAUAUCUUUGAUCAACUGUCCACGGGCUCCGGAUUGGAAUUUGGAGCUCAUGCAAAGAACCCAUCUGAUUUACAUCCAAAAUCCAGGAGCCGUCAACCUCCUGCUGCUUCCUCCGCAGUGGUCGCUAUCUCUUUAUCAGCAGCCUACGCAUGCCUGCACUCCCUCACCAUGCGUCCCUCUGCAUCAUUCCUCACCCAAAAAAGGGAGGAGGUGGGGGGGGGGGGCGGAACAACAACACCACCCCCACCUACUCCAUCCAAGACAAUGCUGGGCUACACCUCAGCAAUCACACACACUUUUAGAUGGAUGACCUUUCCCCAUUGUACUUGGUUACAAGAGUAACCACAAUAUUCAGUUUUUUCAAACCCCAGUUAGGGGGAAUAAAGUGUUUAAUAAUUUUGGACUGUCCUAUUUUUCCCCAAAAAUAUUCUCUAAUACACAAACAGAAUAAAUGAAAAUUUUAUUCAACAUGGGUCAUGGACCAGGCGGCCCAGUGGAGCAGCUGCAUUGACCUCACAGUUCUGAGGACCGGGGUUCAAAUCCUGGCCCUGCCUGUGCAGAAUUUGCAUGUUCUCCCAGUGCCUGCAUGGGUUUUCUCUGGGCACUCCGGUUUCCUCCCACAUCCCAAAAGUAUACAUAAAUUGGAGACUCUAAAUUGCUUCCUCCCCGAUGACAGUUGGGAUUGCCUCCAGCACUCCUCCAACCCUCGUGAGGAUAAGCUGCUCAGAAAUAAAAGGGUCAUGGGCUGUAAUACAUCUAGAAGUGGAUGCCAAUAAACGAAUAGUUGCAGGAGUCGUCCCCCCCACCACAAUAGUUAAUACACAAAUGACUCAUUACUUGAAAAUGAAAAAAGGUAUAAAUGGUGGAAGGUUUGCUGGUGACCCUAAAUAAGUUUUUAACGCCCUUCUGGAAGUUAAUCCUGUAUAUAAUUAAUGUAUUUCAGCAAUGUGCAUACAAUGUUCCCUCCCUUUAUUAUAGUUCACCUGUAGAGUCCUUUGUGUAUUUAAAAAAAAAAUACUAGCCUAAAACAUUAAAACUAAAAAAAAAAUGUAAAAAAAUCUACAGUGUAUGCAUACAUUAUUUUCUAAGAGCUUAAAAAGUGUUUAAGUGUAUACAAAGUGUCUAAGCGUAUGGUUUAGGGUAACAGGAGGUUCAUACGCCUUUCAAACAAUGUAAAUAAUUUGAUAAAAACGUGGUCGUC